AUGGCAAUUUUACACACCUUUUAUAGCCUCCUGCUCCUCCAAUAUGUCCGGGGCACAGGCGCGACGCAAGAUGACUUACGCUAUGUCGAUCCCUUGAUCGGGUCAACGAAUGGCGGCAAUGUUUUUGCAGGGGCAAGUCUGCCCUAUGGCAUGGCAAAGCCCGUUGCCGAUGUCGAUGGCCAGAAUACAGGCGGCUUCUCGACCGAUGGUAGCAAUGUCACCGGCUUUUCGCACAUGCACGACAGUGGUACAGGCGGAAAUCCGUCAAUGGGUAAUUUCCCGCUGUUCCCUCAGUACUGUAAGGACAAUCUUGUGGACAAUUGCAAGUUUCCCAAGUCUGCACGCGCUAUACACUACAAGAAUGACUCUGUUGUCGCCAAGCCCGGGUAUUUUGCAUUGACGCUUGAGAGUGGCAUCAAGGCUGAGAUGACUGCUGCACAACACACUGCACUGUACCGCUUCAUCUUCCCCGGAGGAACAACGGCCGAUGGAAAUGAUCUCAACCCACUCAUCUCACUGGAUCUGACCGAUCUGUGGGAUAGUCGUCAGAAUGCCUCGAUCAAUAUUGAAGCCGACAAGGGUCGAAUGAAAGGCAAUGGCACUUUCUUGCCGAGCUUCGGGGCUGGCUCUUAUCAGUCAUACUUCUGUGCGGACUUUGUCGGUGACGAUGUUCAAGACAGUGGGAUUUGGGUCAAUGAUCGAGCCGGAUCGGUACAGCAGCUUUUUGUCACCCGUGGCUUCAACAAUUUCUAUCUGCAAGCUGGAGGCUAUAUGAGCUUUAAUCCUUCAGAAGACCGGACCGUGACUGUGAGAGUUGGCGUCAGCUUUAUUAGCACAGACCAAGCUUGCAAAAAUGCCGAAACGGAAGUACCCAACCCAGAUGAUGCCUUUCAUGAUCUGCGCAACCAAGCGGAGAUUGCAUGGAGCGAGAAGCUGAGUCCUAUCGAGGUCACUUCGGGUGGUGUGAGCAAUGACAUGUUGAGCGCUUUUUGGAGCGGUAUUUACCGGACAAUGCUAUCACCGCAGAACUUGACUGGUGAGAACCCGCUCUGGAAAAGCGACGAGCCAUAUUUCGACUCGUUCUAUUGUCUGUGGGAUGCUUUCCGAUCGCAGCAUCCAUUCCUUACAGUAAUUGACCCCCAGGCCCAAUCGAAAAUGGUCCGCAGCUUGUUGGACACCUUCAAGCAUGAAGGAUGGCUACCUGAUUGCCGCAUGAGCCUAUGCAAAGGCUGGACGCAGGGUGGCUCUAACGCCGAUGUUGUUCUGGCAGAUGCCUAUGUCAAAAAUCUCACUGGAAUUGACUGGGAACUCGCGUACAAAGCGAUGGUCAAUGAUGCAGAGAAUGAACCACUUGAAUGGUCCUAUGAAGGACGAGGUGGUCUCCAGAGCUGGAAGCAUCUCCACUAUAUCCCAUAUCUUGACUUCGACUACAUUGGGUUUGGCACCAACUCACGAAGUAUCUCCCGGACGGUCGAGUAUGCCUACAAUGAUUACAGUCUGUCAGUGGUAGCCAAAGGUCUCGGCAAAGACUACUCUACUUACUUGGCACGAUCUGGAAACUGGCAAAACUUGUACAAAGAGGACGAAAAGUCCUUGCUGGGCAAUGGCACAGACACUGGGUUUACCGGCUUCUUCCAGCCCAAGUACAUCAAUGGGACAUGGGGGUAUCAAGACCCCAUUGCAUGUAGUGCGUUGGCUUCAUGGUGUUCUCUUACCUCAAACCCUUCCGAGACCUUCGAGUCUAGCAUCUGGGAGUAUCAAUUCUUCGUUCCUCACGACAUGGCAAGGUUGAUCAAGAUGGUCGGCGGCCCUGAGUCCUUCGUUUCCCGCCUUGACUACUUCCACACCUCAGGCCUAGCGGAUAUGGGUAAUGAGCCUGUUUUCCUCACCGUAUAUGACUACCAUUACGCCGGCCGUCCAGCUUUGUCCGCCAGUCGAGCUCACGCGUACAUCCCAUCUUCAUUCAACGCGACGAAGAGCGGACUACCUGGAAAUGAUGAUUCAGGCGCCAUGGGAUCAUUCUUGGCAUGGAGCAUGAUGGGGCUUUUCCCGAACCCAGGUCAGAAUGUCUACCUCAUCAUACCUCCAUUCUUCGAGGCUGUCGCAAUCACUCAUCCGGAGACCAACAAAACGGCCACGAUUCGCAAUGUUAAUUUCGACAAAAGCUACAAGAGCAUUUAUAUCCAGAGUGCGACGCUCGAUGGAAAGCCCUACAACAAAAACUGGAUUGGGCAUGAAUUCUUUACGCAGGGUAUGACGCUAGAACUGACGCUUGGGGACCAUGAAAGUACCUGGGGCACGCGGAAGGAAGACUUGCCUCCGAGCAUAAGCGAUACGUUCAUUAUGGAUGAGAUCUAA